AUGGCGGCCGACGUCCUUGGGGCGAAAGGCGUCCAAGAAGCCCUUUCGGGGAAAUUCGUCAUCAGCAUCCUCGCUGGAAAGACGGUUAAGGAUAUCGAAGAGAGCAUAUUCCCUCCUUCCCGGCCGUUGAACGCAUCCAUCCGCAAGCCGUACAUCGUAAGAGCCAUGCCAAAUGUUGCUGCCAGCCUGAGAGAAUCCAUGACGAUAAUCGAGACGCCUCCUGCCUUUCUCCCGGCGCAUCUAUCUGAAAUGCUCGAAUGGAUUUUUCAGCAGAUCGGGGAGGCCAAGUUUAUUGCACCCGAUCUAUUCGAAGCGGGCACCAUGCUUGUCGGGCCAGCAAUCGUCGUCAUGACAGUGCCCGCUUGA